UCUGUCAUCGUCGUCGUGCCCACCAUAAUACAGUGUCAGGUAGUGAGUGAGUUAGGAGAGUCGCAGCCAGUCAGACAGAUAGGCAGAACCCAAUAAUCCCUGGUAGCAAAAGCUCGGUCCUAGAUGUGCAUCACGACGACGACCGUCGGUUUGUAGAUAGGUUUCUAGUAGGAAAAUGUUUUCAUUCAUGUGCACCACCAGAACUAGGCGAAAAUAAUGUCCGACUCGUACCCAUUGCAUGAGUGCGUUUUCAAGGGUGACACUCGGAAACUGUCCCAGCUACUGCGGACACACGAACCCUCGGAAAAGGACAAACAUGGCAAUACCCCGCUGCAUCUUGCGGUUAUGCUGGGCAGGAAAGAAUGUACCUACCUACUGCUGGCGCAUGGUGCACCGGUAAAAGUGAAAAACCAACAGGGAUGGUCCCCGCUGGCCGAAGCCAUCUCAUACGGAGAUAGGCAAAUCAUAUGUUCCUUACUAAAAAAACUCAAGCAGCAAGCCCGCGAACAGAUGGACCAACGGAGGCCCAAUCUGGUGAAGGCCCUCAAGCAGAUGGGUGAUUUCUACAUGGAACUCAAGUGGGACUUCCACUCGUGGGUCCCGCUCAUAUCGCGCAUCCUCCCAUCGGACGUCUGCAAGAUUCACAAGUCGGGCUGCUCGAUCCGGCUGGACACCACUCUGGUGGACUUCUCCGAUAUGCGCUGGGAACGCGGUGACAUCUCGUUCAUCUUCAAAGGCGAUAAUCCUCCCAAAGACUCACUGACGGCACUGGACAAUGAGUGCCGCUGCUAUCAGCACGUACGCCACGAGGAAACGGAACUCGAGAUCGAGGACGAAGUGGACAUCCUGAUGUCGAGCGACAUCCUUGCGGCGCAGAUGUCAACCAAAAGUAUUAGUUUUACGAAAGCACAAUCCGGCUGGAUAUUUCGCGAGGAUAAGAAAGAAACCGUAGCCGGACAGUACGACAGUGAUCUCUAUACCAUCAAUGGACUGACGCUGGAGCAGCGCAAACGGCGAGAGCACCUCUCGCGGGACGACCUGCAGAAGAACAAGGCCCUGAUGGAGUCACUCACCAAGGGUGGCCAAACGACGGGCAUCGACCAGAAUGGGGAGAUCAUCCGGAGGGCUUCCCUACAGGCACCCCCGAGCAACAGUAUCACCUGGGAGGAAUACUCUUCGGCCGAACCGGGACAGUAUCCCAACUUGGGACGUGAGCUAGUUUAUAAGGAAUCUAGUAAGAAUUUUAGAGCUACCGUUGCUAUGAGCAAAGAUUUUCCGCUGAGCGUGGACAUGUUGUUGAGCGUGCUGGAGGUGAUCGCCCCGUUCAAGCAUUUUAGUAAGCUCCGCGAAUUUGUCACCCUGAAACUGCCGAGCGGCUUCCCGGUGAAGAUCGACAUCCCCAUCCUGCCGACCGUGUCGGCCAAGAUCACCUUCCAGAAGUUCGAGUUCCGGGACGACAUCUCGCCGGAGCUGUUUGUCAUUCCGGACAACUACAAGGAGGAUAGCAUGAGAUUUCUCAUCUAUUUUAUAGAUUUCCUGAUUUAUGACCUUUCGAUUUCGAAUACGUAAGAAGCGGACAACCACUGGCCAGCCCUGCCACUGGAACUGUGAGACCCCCCGACGUUGUUGGCUGUCGUAGUCGCACCCCUCGUGAUUCCGGAACCCGUAGUAUUUGAAUCCGCCGUCAACCCAAUUUUACCGGUCGACAUCAUCGUCCUUCAUAUCAUAAUCAUCAUCAUAGUUCAACAUUUCAUCUUUGUAGGAAUAGGCAGAUACCAGCAAUAAUUCGUCAAUAGAAAUAUUCUCGCGUGAAAACAAAAACUUCACUCUUUUGUAGCAACUUACGGAACUCUACAACACUUUCAACCACACAACAACAAGCAUGAUGAUGUAGGCUCUCCGCACAGGCGGUGUGUAGUUUUUACCACGUGUCAUGAUUGAAUCAGAGUGAAGGCGUUAAUAAGGCUCAUGAUUGAACUAACGGAACUAAGUCAAGACAAACAAAAUGUGAACAAAUCUUUCAAUCCUCAACAUCUCCUUUUUCUAAACAACCAAUCAAGCACUUUGACUACAGGUAAACUAUUCCAUUCCAUUAACGUAAAUCGAUAUCCCUAAUAUGAUAGUAAAACAAACAACAUAAAAUAUCAUUUUACAGUUCCAAUGAACGAAACAAAUUUAAUUGGACAUAUUGUGACAAAUUGGAAAUACAGAUAUAUUGCAUUGAACCGUAAACCCGAAACGAAAGGCAAUCAACUUUGCUUGCACCGACCCAAAAUAAGAUACCCCCAGGCUUGAUAUGAACAUUUAAGCUGUGUUCCCUUUGGUGAAUUUUCACUUCAGUUUGACAGAUGAAAUAUUUUUCAAAUAAACCUGCUAUUGUACCAGACUUAUUUCUGACAGACCAGGGAUCCAUUUUGACCAACACCUUCUCGAAAAUCGAAAGAUCUACAACAGAGGGAUAUUCGAACAUUAUAAUUUAUUUUCGAAGUGUCAAAUUUAAAUUUGACCGAUGGAAAAUGUUCAACUAACCCUAAAGGCCCACGCACAUUAGAUCCG